GGGGCGGGGCCAGCUUUGGUGCUCAUUGAAUCGGGUCCCCCUCAGCUGGCUUUUUGCCGCAGCCUCCCUCCAGAUCCGGCUCGCUGGCUCUUCCUGAGCCUUGGAGAUGGGCCGGUGACCUCCUCCCAGGAGAGGUGAGUGAGGAAGAAGAAACUGGAUGGCUUCCAAUGUGAACCUGAAUCUGGCUAAAGAAAAAUUGUUGGAAGAUGGAGUUCCACCUGCAAAAAAACCCAGGAAAUUGUUGCCGAGUCUGAAAACGAAAAGGCCGCAGGAGCUGGUGCUGGUGAUCGGGACGGGCAUCAGUGCGGCGGUGGCUCCUCAGGUGCCAGCCUUGAAGUCUUGGAAAGGGCUCAUCCAGGCCCUUCUUGAUGCUGCCGUUGACUUCGACCUUCUCGAAGACGAGGAGCGGAGGAAAUUUCAGAAGUGUCUCCGUGACGAUAAGAACCUUAUCCACGUGGCUCAUGACCUUAUCCAGAAACUGUCGCCACGCACAAGCAAUGUCCGCUCUACCUUCCUCAAAGACUGCUUGUACGAAGUCUUUGAUGACCUGGAGUCCAAAAUGGAAGACACCGGGAAGCAGCUGCUUCGGUCAGUGCUCCACUUGAUGGAGAAGGGGGCUCUCGUCCUGACCACCAACUUCGACAACCUGCUGGAGAUUUAUGCCGCGGACCAAGGGAAGCGGCUUGAAUCGCUUGACCUUACAGACGAGAAGAAGGUCUUGGAGUGGGCCCAGGAGAAGAGGAAGCUUAGUGUCCUCCAUAUACACGGCGUGUACACAAAUCCCAGUGGCAUCGUGCUCCAUCCAGCUGGCUACCAGAAUGUGCUCCGCAACACAGAAGUCAUGCGGGAGAUCCAGAAACUAUAUGAAGCCAAAUCUUUCUUGUUCCUGGGCUGUGGCUGGACUGUGGAUGAUACCACCUUCCAAGCCCUCUUCCUCGAAGCCGUGAAGCACAAGUCCGACCUGGAGCAUUUCAUGCUCGUGCGCCGCGGAGAUGUGGACGAGUUCAAGAAGCUCCGGGAAAACAUGCUGGACAAAGGGAUCAAAGUGAUCUCAUAUGGGGACGAAUACACAGACUUGCCAGAGUAUUUUGAGAGACUCACAAAUGAGAUUUCCAACCGGUGUCAUGCAGGUCUACCCCAGGAGGGACAAUUAAAUGGCACUGAUUUGGCGCACACCGAAAUCAAAGGUACAGAGCUCACUUAAUGCUCAGAAGCCCCUAAGCUCAGCUGGAAAGACAAGUCUUGUUAAGCUGUGAGUUGCCAUCCACAUGGACCUUCGUAAAGGCUCAAGACUCAACAGGAUGUCUCUUGGAAAACAGGGAAGUUGCGUAAAAAAGAAAGUCGCAGAUGCAUCUUUUCAAAACACGUCACAUUUCAGGGGCCAUUGCCCAUCUGAUGCCAGCAGAGGUUGAAACGCGGUAGUAACAAUUCCAGUUACUUCUUACUCCGAAUUGAUGAAGACUGAUUUGAAGUCUGCCUUUCUUCAAGAUGAAGGUAUUUUUUUAAAGGGAAUAUCCUUGGGCAUAGGUAAAGCACUUGGUCAAGCAUAAAGGAAGGAAGUCAUUUGCAGCUAAUGUCAGCUUUUCUUUAU